CGACUGGUUUGACGUUUGUGAGAAAAGCAAGCAGAGAGAAUCUCUUCAGAAGGACGGAAAGAAAGCUUGCUGCUCUCCGGGACACUUUCCCUACUUUUUGUCCGUUUCCAACGCUGUAAGGUAAUACCAGCGGCCUCUCGGACACACAGAAGAGCCUUUGGUCAUGUCGGGGCAGAGGAAAGGAGCUGCAGCGCGGCUGCCCAAAUGUGCCUUCUGCAGAACCAGCCGGGACAAGGAGUGCGGCCAGCUGCUGGUGUCUGACAGCCAGAAGGUGGCGGCCCAUCACAAGUGCAUGCUUUUCUCUUCAGCUCUGGUUACGUCACACUCAGACAGCGAAAACAUUGGAGGAUUUUCCAUUGAAGAUGUAAAAAAGGAGAUCAAGAGGGGAAACAAAUUGUGUUUACUGUCGCAAACAUCGGGCCGCGUCUCAGGAGGACAUCCAAGAUGAAGAGGGCAGUGUAGCCAAUGACUCGGACUCCUCCUCGCCUCCACAAAGCAGAGGCAGGGGGAGGUUUGAGAAGGGGAGGGCCAAGUUUGGAUCUCGUGGCCAGUCAGAAGAAACUCGCUCCACCUCCUCCUCACAGGCUGCAGACGAAGAGAGCUCCUCUCACCGGGACAGGUCACCUCUUCGAGCCGGCGUAGGAGACGGCGGCCAGCGCUGCGGCUUUUGCCACGCUGGUGAGGAAGAAAACGGAACAAGAGGCGUACUGCAUACAGAUAACUCCAAGAAAGUGGCUGCACACUACAAGUGCAUGCUAUUCUCAUCGGGGACAGUCCAGCUAACCACAACAUCACGGGCUGAGUUCGGAAACUUUGACGUGAAAACAGUCAUCCAGGAAAUCAAGAGGGGCAAAAGAAUGAAAUGCACACUCUGCAGUCAGCUGGGUGCCACAAUCGGCUGUGAAAUUAAGGCAUGUGUGAAGACGUACCAUUAUCAUUGUGGUCUACAGGACAAAGCCAAGUACAUAGAAAACAUGGCCCGCGGCAUCUACAAACUGUACUGUAAGAACCACAGUGGGAAUGAGGAGCGGGACGAGGAGGAUGAAGAACGAGAGAACCGCAGUAGAGAGAGAGCAGCAAUCGACCACGGAGGAACACGGUCAACACAAGUUAAUGGCAACUAAGCUUGGCCUUUAACGAUCGGUGAGAAACAGAAGAAAUCAAAGACAUGGGAGGUGGAUUUUUUUACACUUAAAAUUAGCCUACUCACAGAGUCGUGAUCCAGGAGCUGCAGCCUCAUAGGUUCUACCAGUAAAUGUUCCACCGGACGCCAUCCGUAUGAAAACCUGUUGACGGGGUACUCUAAACAGACUGAUACUGGAGAUGCUGCACCAUGAGAACUCUUGACUCAGACUGAUGUUCUGAUUGUCACUUCACCCACAUCCCUCCAGAUUACCUGAACCACAUUUGCUGAAAUUGGAAACUUUGUUGCUCUCAUUAAACCUCUUAAAGACUCUUGUUUUAAGAGGGCUCUGUUUGUUACUAGUCUUUCUGAAACUGUGCAGUUUGGUUACGUUGUUUCUGUACUCAUGUCUUAAAAAUACUCUUCAUGUUAAUCUUUUUAUUUUUCUUUGUAAUAUUUUGCUACUGUAUGAUCAUUAUAAGUACUUUGGAAUAUCUGGAUUUCAGAAGGUCACAAGUUUUGCCUGCAUGCACUUGGAUUUUCUCCACUGUUGAAGGUGAUGUUUGUUUCCUUUUCUUUUCUUCCAAAGGGCAGAGUUCUCUGCAAGAGUUGGCCUGGUUUUUAUUUGUUGUACUGUUGCUUGUGUCUCAACAAGUGUAUCCAUGAAUGAUUGAAACAGAAAAGAUUUUAUUUUACACAU